AUGAGAAAGAAAAGUAGAGCUUUUUGCUUUUCUGGGUUCUUUUGUGGGAAGAUGAAGGCUUCAAUUGAAGAGGAUAGUUGGAGGGUGGAAACAGAAGAAAACAUCAACACAAAGAAGAAGAAGAGAAAAGUGAAGGAGGACACAUUGAGUAACUUACCAGAUGAAAUUAUCCUUCACAUACUUUCUUUUUUGGAAGCAAAAACAGCAGUUCAAAUGAGUGUUCUUAGCAAGCGAUGGAGGUACCUUUGGACUUCCCUCCCCGUCCUUGAUUUCCUUGGCUCGUCCUUCGAUGAUCCUGUCAUUUUCAGGUGUUUCGUGCAGCAUGUGUUGUCCCGCAAAGACGCUUCCAACAAUCUCAACAUGCUUAAACUUGUGUGCGAUCAUGAUUCUUUCAAUUUCUUUGAUGAUGAUGAUAUAGACAUGGUACAUUCCAUCAUUGACUACGUUAAACCAACGAAUAUUCAGGCUCUGAGCAUCCUUGCUGAAUGUUUUAUUGGGAAUCUACCUCAACUCUCUGUUUGUCGCUCCCUCACCACCCUCCACCUGGCAUACAUAGCAACUGACAGUGCAAUGUUUGAUUCUGUUUCCCUACAACACUUGCAUCUUUAUACAUGCGAGUUCGAGUAUUGGGUCGAAGAGAAUGAUCCUUUCGGUGGUUGUCCCAAUUUGAGGUGUCUCUCACUAAUUGAUUGUUCUUACAUUGGCGAUAUUCAGAAGUUUCAAAUCCAUGCUCCUCAACUAACGAACUUGACCAUAUCCAAUAUGACAAAGAAUUCAGACUUUGCAAUUGAGCUUUUUACUCCAAAGCUUCAAUCUUUUAGCUAUAGUGACAACUAUUAUCUUUAUGAUUUUCUCAUUAAGGGGAAGGGGAAACUUCCCUUUGUAGAGAGAGUCAAUAUUGAUUUGGGCGAUUUUCGGCUCCAUGGAAAAUUCCCCAAGGCCACUAAUUUGUCUCUAAAGCUGAGUAAAUUGUUUGAAGCGAUGGAGAGUGCAGAGUUUGUAUCCUUAUCACCUCGUAUCAUUCAAGUUCUGUCUAUGGUUCCUCCUCUACUGUAUGGUCGGUCUUCUCCUUUCACUAGAUUGAAGAAUUUUGAUUUAAUAAAGAAAAGAGGUUACCCUGUUACCAUACCAACCAAUGUCAUGGCCUACUUAUUUGGUGGAUCCCCUGGAUUUGAUUGUGGAAGGCAUGGAAAGGGUAUUAUAUUAAACAAGGAUUUGGAUCCUCACCGUUCUUGA